AUGGGUCGGUUUAGAAAGGUGAUAGAAAAGAUCCAAGCCCCCACGGAGCCUGGGCUUUCAACAGCCCAGCUCAUGUUGGUAAAUGACGACCUUAAGCCAGUCGAUCCAGAGCGCCGUCAAUGGAGAUGGCUCAAUUUCGUUGCCUUUUGGAUUGCAGAUUCAUUGAACGUCAAUACCUGGAUGAUUUCGUCCUCCAUGAUAGUCGAUGGCUUAUCCUGGUGGCAAUCAUGGCUAUGCGUCUGGAUUGGGUACACCAUUGCUGGCCUUUUUGUCUGCUUGAUCGGCCGAAUUGGUGCCAUUUACCGCAUCCCAUUUGCGGUGGCAAAUCGUUCAUCCUUUGGAAUUUGGGGUUCUUUCUGGCCAAUUCUCAAUCGCGCGUCGAUGGCAGUCAUAUGGUAUGGCGUCCAGACAUAUCUUGGAGGUGAAUGCGUUACGUUAAUGAUUCGGGCAAUCUGGCCAAGCUACGAUAAUCUGCCAAAUACGAUACCUGCAGGUGCAGGUGUUACUACUCAGCAGUUCGUGAGCUUCUUCUUGUUCUGGCUGGGCUCGCUCCCUGCUCUAUGGUUCCCAAUCUACAAGAUCCGACAUCUGUUCACCGUGAAGGCAUACUUUUCUCCUGCCUGUGCCUUUGCAUUUUUUGGUUGGGCUAUUGCUCGUGCGCACGGUCUGGGGCCAAUCAUCACGCAAUCCAAUACUGCACACGGUAGCACUCUCGCAUGGGUGUUUAUCAAAAGUAUUAUGAAUUGUAUAGCCAACUUCGCUGCUCUUGUCAUUAACAAUCCGGAUUUCGCACGUUACGCUCGAAAGCCACAAGAUGCUCUAUGGCCACAGCUUAUAACAAUCCCAAUCGGUUUUGCUAUCACAUCGUUUAUUGGCAUUAUCGUCUCCUCCUCGUCAACGGUUAUCUUCAAUCAGGCUGUCUGGAAUCCGUUGACUUUGCUAGGGAUGUUCCUAGAAAACGCAACCUCGGCGGAACGUUUUGGCAUCUUCGUUAUUUCUAGUGGAUUUGCCUUGGCUCAGUUAGGAACAAAUAUUGCCGCUAACUCAGUAUCUGCGGGUACGAAUCUUACUGCGCUUCUUCCUCGUUUUUGUACGAUCCGAAGAGGUGGCUAUUUCUGCGCGGCUAUUGGGCUGGCCAUGUGUCCUUGGACCCUGGUUGCAUCUUCGAACAACUUUACUAUCUACCUCUCUGCCUAUUCUGUGUUCCUGUCGUCUAUCGCCGGAGUAAUGGCUAGUGACUACUACUUAGUGCGCAAGGGUUAUCUCGAUAUCGAAAGUCUUUAUAGUGCACAGAAAGAUGGCCCUUACUACGGUAUGUAUGGGGUUUCAUGGCAUGGUUAUGCCGCCUACUUCUGUGGGAUCUUGAUCAAUAUCGUUGGGUUUGCGGGCGCCGUUGGUGUAAGCGUUCCCGCUGGCGCCGUCUAUAUCUACAACCUUAACUAUUUCACCGGAUUCAUUGUCUCCGGAGGAGUCUACUGGAUAUUGGCUACGCUGGUGCCUCUUCCAUUGACUAGCAAGUCUUGGAACGAGGUCCCUUACGAAGUAUCUCCUAUCUCUGAUUUGGAGCUGAAGAAGCAGGGGGUGGAAGGAGUGGAGCACAUGGAGAAUGUGUAA